GAGGUGGUGGUUAGAACACUGCCUAUAGUGGAUUAUUUGAUAUAAAAAUAAAACAAAUGACAUGUUUGUUUCAUGUUUAAUAAUGUAUAUUGUGCUCUCUCUUUCUUAAAGCUGAGUUUUUUAAUCAUUUUGUAAAUCUGGAGGUUCUGCACCUACAGUUUAGAAAUUAUCCAGAUUUUAAGGGCCUCAUGACCUCAGUUGCAAACUGCAAGAAUCUUAAAGAGCUGCACUUUCCGGGCUCAUCCUUUCAAGAUCCUGACAUAGCUUUCCUAGCUGAUACAAUGAAGAAUUUUACAUCACUGAAAGUUCUAAAUUUGAGGAAUCAGAUAAUUACUGCAGUUGCUGUCUCUGAAAACUUGGCUGUUGCCUUGGGGUCACUUGUUCACCUGGAGAAGCUGCUGUUACCAAAGGGUGAAGGAAUGGUGGAUGCUGCUAUCUUGUUUAUACAACAACUGCAGAAUCUGCAUAACCUCCAGUUUCUCUCUAUGACGGAGAUAUUAAAUGAUGAAAGUAUUGAACAUUUAGGGGAAUCGGCACAAGCUGGACACUUGACAAGAAUUUGCCAUCUUAUGUUGGAGAUUAACCACCGUAUUACAGAAUCUGGGUGGAAGGCAUUUUUCCAGGCUGCGGAUAACAUGUCACAGUUAUCUCACCUAGAUAUAAGCAGAGUUUACAACCAACAGAUAAAAUGCCAUGCCACCACAGUCACCUCUUUUGUUCGGUUUGUGUCCAGGCUGCCCAGUCUUGUGAAACUUUCAAUGCUGGGAUGGUUGCUGGAUGAAGAGGACAUGAAGAUGCUCAAUGCAAUGAAAGACAACCAUCCUCAAUCAAAUAGUCUAUACAUUCAUUAUAAGUGGAUUUUACCUUUAUAUCCAAAUAUGGAGGAAGAGACAUAGGGAUUUACAUUAAUUUAUUUUAAAAUGUCCUGGUGGGCACAAUAAAAAACAAACAUACAUUUAAAAUAUGUCUUCUACAAAGGAGUGUGAUAACAUGUAUUCAAGGUCAUUUUAUUGCAAAGCCUUUAUAAUCCUAUAAAAAAAAAAAAGCCCCAAAUCAUCUAAUUGUGAAUUUGAGGCUUUUUUUAUUGUAUACACCAGAC